CAUAGAUUCGUAAAUAGAGGGAGUGCAUGAGAUGAAAUAUUAUUGUAUUUUUAUAUUUAGAAAUAAAUAAUAUGUACAAGUUUGUUUUAAAAUGUCGUCUAAUAACUUAGUAAAUUCCGUACGGAAUUUCCUAGCAUCUAAAUUUAUGCGUGUUGAAGAUGACUGGUUGACCGGAUGUGUUGAGUACUUGACUGAGGAUGGCAGCAACAAUUACAGUGAGUCGGAUGUACAGAAUCUGGCCAAAGAGCAAUGGCUCCUAAACGAUCUAAAAGAGAUAUGCCCGGGGUCUUUACCUGCUAAUUUGAAAAGUCAGCAGAAAACCGUGCUAAACGGGAGGUUCGCUUUGCAAAUCAACGCUGCCGUGGAUAUAGGCACACCAGCAUAUCAGCAGUAUAUGAAACUCCAGAAAGUCAACACAGAAAACUUGGAAGCCACUACAAAGUUUGAGGAUAAAGUGCCAAACCAUAGAAUGAUAAAGUUGUAUCUCACUGAUGGUGUCCAAGAAAUAUCAGCAAUAGAAUACAGACCAAUGAGGAACCUCAGUUGUGACAUCACUCCAGGAUGUAAAGUUCUCAUCAAAGGUCCAAUAGAAUGCCGGCGCGGCGUGCUGCUUCUCACGGAGAGCUCGAUAGAGCUGCUCGGAGGUGAAGUGCAGGAGAUCGCCGUCUCCAACUCGUUGGCCGGUUUGCUGUCCAGGAAACUUGGCUUGCCUAUCACUCAAGGCACCGCUGCAGACCUGAACACAACGGUUCACCGAAACGCCGACAUACCCCAGCCCCACUCCGAAAUGCCUCCAGCCCGCGACCUUUUCGAGCAAACAUUCGACCCACCCCGACCCGUAGCCAUAGUCACUAGCGUCCAACAAGCCAACUUUGCCGACGAUGACAUCGACAUAGACCAAUUAGCGGCCAUAGAAGCGCAAUUCACCAAUAAACGAUCACUUAAUGACGAUAGAAGCAAACCUGAGAAGAAAUUAAAAAUAGACCCUAUUAGUACCAUAAAUAGGGUCGAGGAUUACCCAGACGACAACGAUCUAUUCGCCGAAGACGAGAAUUAUUUGAGAGAGUUAGAAUCUAAAUUUGAUACAGAUUCGUAUCCUGUUCCAAUCUCGUCAGAACCGUUUACGUAUCUAAAGCAGAUAAAUGAAAUGAGAGAAAUAGAGAAAGCCGGAAGAGUGUUCAGAGUGAAAGCACAGAUAAUGAAAUUGUUGUCGAAAUUGUCUGUGGGCAAAGAAGGGUGGAGUUUGAGGUGUACUAUUGUCGAUGGUACGGGGAGUUUGGAAGUGGAUUUCACUAAUAAUGUUUUGUCUAAGUUGGUCGGGUAUACGCCGCAAGAGAUGAAUCAGUUGAAGAAGCAAAUGGCGACGAAUCCGCGGCUGAAAGAGAAGGCUGUCAUGGCUCUUCAAAAGGCGAAAGAAGCUCUACAGGUGUUAUACUGCAUUAUAGAGUUAACUAUGCUAGAAGUGCCCAAAAUAACGUGCCUUACUCCGUUCGAUGGAUCACACCUAGACUUAUUGAAGAAAAGGAAGACUAACUUAUAGCAUACCAGGGGUAGCAAUAGA